UCGAAAGAUAAUGAAAUGGAAAUGGCCGACAAGGCGUAGUCGUAUGAGACUAUGAUGAUUCUGAAUUCCGUUUUGGAUACAAUUGCCAAUCAAUAAUUGACCAAUCAAGAAAAUAAAGUUUAUUAAACGAUUCCAACAUCAUAUAUAUUUGAAGUUUUCUUUAAGACAUUUAAUUUUAAGAUUACCGGUCUAAACAAACGAUACAUAGUGAUGAAGAUCAUCAGCAAGAUCGCUUGCAGAGACCAACCAAGUUGAAUAGAUUACUUCCACGUCGCCGUUCAUUGUUAUUGUAGCUGCCUUAUCUUUUCUUUUUUGAAGAAUUUUGUGUGUGAAGAAAUUAGUCUUUCCAAGCUUCGUUAAAAUGAUGAAAAAUUAUUUUGUUAAAUCAAGGUGUAAUGCCCAGUGGACAAGAUGCGGAUCAGAACGGUACCGAGUGUCUGCCCCAACACAACUUCUCACAGCGUGAUCUGGACAGCCCUGAGUCAGGCGAGAUAGAUGGGGCUAGUAUGGACUCUAUUGUGAACUCAUACAAGCAUUCCCGUAGAAGUUCUGACAGUAAAUCAAAAAAGUCUCGUAAGAAAAGACAUUCACAGACAGCUGAUAGUGGGGACGACCUAGAGCAAAGUACUGUUGCGAUCACUUCAUCUUUCAAACCUCUCGUUGAGUAUUCAGACGUAAGUUCUGAAGAACUUUCCAGCCCCGAGGCAGGAGAAAUUCAGAGUGAAGAAAGUGUUUUGGACCACAGUGGCGAAGACUCUUCAAUGUCAAGGAGGCCGAAUCAUCACAAACGCCACAAAGAUGAGAGAUACAGAUCAGAGAAAUCUUCUCAUCAUGGGUCUCCCGUUCCAAAAGAAGGCUCCGCACUUUCUCCUGUACGACAGAAAGAGAAGAAAGAAAAGCACAAGAAGAGGAGCGCAGACACAUCGCCAAAACUGAUCAAACAGAGGAGCACAUCCCAGGAAGGCAUCAAGGAGAAGAAACACAAAGAGAAAAAACACAAGAAAUCCGAUAAAAAAUCUAAACACAGUCCUUCCAGUUCAAAGAAGAAACGGAAGAAGUCCAAGCACGCCUCUAAGAGCAGCAGUCUUGAAAAGAAUGCUUCACGUGAUAUAAGUCAGUCUCCUCCAGAGAUCUUUCAGAGGCCGAGUCCGAACAGAACGUUCCUCAACAGGCCUGGAGAGCUCAACGAUGGUGCGUGGGAAGAGGAGGAGUUCGCACAGAGGAAGAACGGGUCCAGGUUCGGUUCUGGUGAGAGUGAAGGGGAGAGGAGGCUCACGCCCCCGGCACUACAGAGGGUAGCUUCGGCAGGCUCCCCCCACACCCCUCCUCUGCCACCCAAGGCUUACGAGAAGAGCAAGCCUUGCAGUCCAGGUGAAAUGAUGCCAAGUUUUAUAGAAGAAGGUGAGGAGGUGAUGAGGCCACACAGCAGAGGCAGGAGGGCAGAGAGCCUGGAGGAGGGGGAGGAGAGAGGGCGAACAAGAAGCAGGACACGUAGGGAGAGUCUGGAAGAGGGUGAGGAGAGGGGAGACGAUAGGCCGAGGAACAAACAUCGGGCGGGAAGUCUGGAGGAGGGAGAGGACCGCAGGCCUGGCAGGACCAAACACAGGGCGGGCAGCGUGGAGGAUGAGGAGGGACGGCGCACCAGGAGUAAACAUCGGUUGGACAACCUGGAGGACGGCGAUGAGAGGAAGGCGAGAAACAAACACAGACCUGACAGUCUGGAGGACGGGGAAGAGCGGAGAGCCAGGAGCAGACACCGAGCGGACAGCUUCGAGGAGGAGGAGAGGAGACCUCCUCUCAGGCGGAGGUCACCUAGCAUUGAGGAGAUCCAUAGGAUGAGGCGGAGGUCCAUCUCACCCCCACCUUUCCGCAGAUCUCCGAGCUUGGAAGAGGAGCGGUUGCGGAUGAUGCACCGUGAACAAAUGGAGUACGAGGAGUACCAGCGCGGUAUGCGGCGACUGUAUCGCGCAGACAGCAUGGAGGACCUGGUGAGACUGCCCGUGCGACGGCGGCGCACGCCCUCUAUAGAGCGAGAAGAAUGGGAGUCUCCGGUGAGGAUAGUAACAACACACACCACAGUGAGGACAGUGAUCAGGCGCAGCGUUUCUCCACCUCAUCGCAAACGGCGGAGGGCAGAGCGCGAGAGUCGGCGGAGGGACAGCCACCGCAGGAAAGAGCACAAAGCAAGGAAGAACAGAACGCGGAAAUCAAGAUCAAGAUCUCCCUUAAGGUCACGACAUUCACUUUCGCGCAGUCCCGUGAGGUCGAGACGCAAAGUGAGCCGUUCGCCUCCCCCUCCCGCCCCUCCACGCCACUACAGCCGCUCACCUAGCUAUCCCCGGGACUACAGGGCGGCCAAGCGACCUCGCUCUAAGUCGAGGUCCAAGUCCCCCGCAUCCCUGCGGAAAGUUAGGGAGAUUUCGGCAAAGGCCAAGAUGAGUGAGACAAGUCUGUUUGCCGAACUGGUGAAGGACAGACACAUGCGGGAGUUGGCAAUUAAACGGCUUGCUGCGUUGACCGACCGGGACGAGGACGGCGUAGUGUUGGUGGAGGACAACAGCCAAGAGAACAACCCUUCCUCGCAGGAGGAGACCACCAGAACACCUCCGCAGGCAGUCAACGUGGACGACAUCCCUGUGCCGAAGAUGGAGUCACCUCCACCACCCCCACCUGCCAUGUCGACACAGAACGCGUACCCUCUGGCGAUGGACCCUACGGCAUCCCUCCCGCCGGACAUGAUCUCGAAGAUGUCCGUCUCACCUGUCACUGUUAACGCCAAGAGUGACCCAGGGACCACUGUGACGCCCCCGUUCAAAGCGAACACAAUAGAAACUAUCGCUUUGGCGAGGAAACCCGUCGAGGAUGUGAAUAGUGUAAAUAGAACUAGUGAACUUGUCAAAACGGAACCUAUAGUGGCUGUGAAAAGUGAACCUGAUCCUGUUAAAAAAACGGUGCUAGUUUCUAAACCCAAAAGCUUAACGAAGUUGCCAAUGCCCCCCGGAAUCGACCAGAAUGACCUGGAGAGCAUUGACUCUCCGCCUAGCAAGUCCCCGAGCCCCAUACCUGAGAAGAAGACACCGCCAAAGAAAGGAAUUAGAGACUUACCACUACCUCCAGUUGUUGGCGGUGCAGAGGAGUUGAGCGGGGACGAUGACAUGACGUUGACUCCACCUAGGUUGAAAAAAGCGAACAAACGACCAAAGCACGACCCCACCAAACUGCUGACGAAACCCCGUAUCGUGAAUAGACGGAGGCCGCUGAUUCAGACUACGCCCAGUGACUGGGGCGAACGCUGCGUAGACGUGUUCGAGGUCAUCACGCAGAUCGGAGAAGGCACUUAUGGUCAAGUGUACAAGGCAAAGGACAGGCGAACUGGUGAGUUGGUAGCCCUGAAAAAGGUCAGGUUGGAAAAUGAAAAAGAAGGUUUCCCGAUCACAGCAGUUAGAGAGAUCAAGAUCCUUCGGCAGCUGAACCACAAGAACAUUGUCAACCUGCGGGAAAUCGUAACUGACAAAUCGGACGCUCUGGAUUUCAGAAAGGACAAAGGCUCAUUCUAUCUAGUGUUUGAGUACAUGGACCACGAUCUUAUGGGACUGCUUGAGUCAGGGAUGGUGAACUUCAAUGAGAUGCACAACGCUUCCAUCAUGAAACAGCUGUUGGACGGCCUCAACUACUGCCACAAGAAGAACUUCCUCCAUCGCGACAUCAAGUGCAGCAACAUCCUGAUGAACAACAGAGGAGAAGUGAAGCUGGCUGACUUCGGACUGGCGAGGCUGUACAAUGCGGAGGAUAGGCAGCGGCCGUACACCAACAAGGUGAUAACUCUGUGGUAUCGGCCGCCGGAACUACUGCUGGGGGAGGAGAGGUACGGGCCGGCCAUCGAUGUCUGGAGUUGUGGCUGUAUCCUGGGCGAGCUCUUCCUCAAGAAACCUCUCUUCCAGGCCAACGUGGAGAUGAUGCAAUUGGAAAUGAUCUCGAGGCUGUGUGGAACGCCUACGCCCGCAGUGUGGCCAACUGUUAUAGAGCUGCCUCUGUGGCACACUCUCAAACCCAAGAAGACGCACCGUCGCAGACUCCGUGAGGAGUUUAUCUUCAUGCCCUCAUCAGCCCUAGAUUUGCUGGACAAGAUGCUGGAGCUGGAUCCGGACAAGAGGAUCACUGCGGAGCAAGCACUGAAGUCGGCCUGGCUCAAGAAUGUCAACCCUGAGAGGAUGGAAGCGCCCGAGUUGCCAACGUGGCAGGACUGUCAUGAACUGUGGAGCAAGAAACGUAGACGGCAGAUACGGGAGGCGGAGAUGGCCGGCAAGAACAAGAUGCAGACUAGGAUGCCACCUUUCGAUGAUUGUAUGGAUAACGCCGGGGGAGGAUCCUCUUGCUCACCCCUACAGAAAAGGAUACUAGGAGACAGCUCAUCUAAGGCGCUGAAGAUGGAGGCGGGGUUCAUGAGUCGGGAGAUGUCCUACCACGCACCGGUCGGACCGGCGGCCAUGUUGGACUCCCCCCUGGAGACGACCACACCUCCACAGCCGGCCUCCCGGACGAAUGCAGGUGUGCGGCCGAUGUCGAUAUCAACGUCGUCAAACCACAGCGAGUCGAGGACACCCCCAGCGAUGGAAGUGGAGGAGACGAUACACAACCAGCUGUCUGGUAUCGCACAUGCGUUGCUUACAAGGCAGCCCGUCAGAGUGCAGCAGCUGAUGGCUCUGCACAACGACAAGGAGAUUGACCAGAUGACGUACCAGUUGACCGACAGCUUGCGGACUGAGUUGAGACAAGCAGCCAGCAGUUCCUCGGUCAAACCUCACAAACUGGACCCUAAACAGCACGUUUUCUAUCCACAAGUGAGCGGAGACGGCUGGAGUGGCGGGGAGGGGGGGUUUGACGCUCAUGCCGUGUACGCCGGAGAUAACGCCGUGAGUGCCAGUAACCGCACCAGUCUCGCCACGGAAGGGGUGCGCAGUACUCUGGCCGCGCUGCUCACCAGAUACAACUACCCAGCUGCUGCGCAAUCCCUGCAUACAGGAUGACAGUGGUUCUAGUCGCAAUAAGCCUAUUGCCUGGCCUAGCCUCAAGAUGGAACUUCGAAGGUCAGCGAUUCGUGCCUCGGAGCAUUCCAAGACUUCAUCUAUAUAAUGUGUACAAAACUUAGUUUUUUUGUAAAAACGUGAAGACAUAGUUGUGGUUUUAGCUAUAAGUAGCUGGACAGUAAUAUUUGUUUUGUUUUUACGAUGCCUGGACUUUAUCUGUACUUUACUGAUCACUGUUUUCAUAAUUUUAUUGUUUUGUAUAUAGUGCGGAAUCGAAUAAUUUUAUUGUAUUAUAUUUUGGAGGGUUAUCAUUCUCUCUUAUCAAAGUGGUGUGAUUACUGCUGUUAAUAAAGAGAAUAUUACCGAUCA